AUGCGCUUGCAACCUAUUUUGAAAGAGUUUAGUAAACCGAUCCUGCAUUGCCAGCAGCGCCUCAUCAAAUCCACAGAAGGACUAGCUGAAGCACAACAAUCUCUUGUGGUUGAUCAGAUGAACAACAGCAUAAUUGCACAGGCUAAACACUUCACUGUAGAGGUUAUUAGAUUACAAGAGCUUGAGGAGAAAAUUUUAAAACAGAAAUCAAAACUUGAUUGGCUUAAAUGGGGUGAUGGAAAUAACUCAUACUUACGUGCUUCUAUUAAAGCUAAAGCCAAUACCAAAAAUAUGACAAAGUUGGUUAAAGAAGAUGGCUUAAUAUUGACUGCACAAAGUGAUAUUGAAGCUGAAGUUGUGAGUUACUAUACCAAUCUGCUAGGCACAGCUGACAGUAGUGUGUUGCAUAUUUAUUUGGCUUCCAUGAGGGUUGGACCGCAUUUGAACAUGGAUCAACGUGAAAUGCUCUUGGCUCCCAUUAGUGAGAAAGAGAUUCAUACGACUCUCUUAGGCAUUAUGGAUUUGAAAUCGUCGGAGAUAGAUGGCUAUGGACCCUUUUUUUAA